AUGCCCACUAGACCCAAUUCUGCAAUAAUCCUGCCAGAGACCAACAAACCAGGGAAGAAAAUUAAAUCCAUCAAGAAGGAGAAGACAAAUACAGAAAAAGUGUCUGUCUAUGUGCCGAACAUUCCAGAGCCAACGAGCAGAGCUGAGCUCAUGAAGUACUGGAUCCAUUUGACUUUGGAUGACAAGACUGCCAACAAGAUGUUGUGGAUUUCUGACAACGGGUCGAAGGUGUGUCGUAGAACUCAGGAGGUUUGUCCUGUCCUGGAUAGACCAGAGAGAUAUGAGUACUCCCCACAGGUGGUGUGCAAAGAGGGUAUUUGGAACACGAGGGCUUACUGGGAGGUCGAGUACUCAGGAUGGGUGGUAAUUGGAGCCACCUAUGAAGGAGCAGGAAGGAGGGCAAACUGUGGGCCGAGCGGCCUUGGAGAAAACGAGGAGUCCUGGGGUCUGUGCUGGUCAGGAACGCGUUACCAGAUCUGGUUCAACUGCGUAAACAAAGACAUAAACGAUGUCCCGUACUGCUCCACAAUUGGAGUUUACAUCGACCAGCCUGCAGGGAUUAUGAGCUUUUAUGCUGUGAGCGGUGAGGGGGCAGAGAGGGAGGUUAAGCUGUUGCAAAAAGUUAAGACCACUAUUGAGAAAAAGGUUCUCGCAGGUUUCUGGAUGGGAAUUGAAUCCUCAUGCACAAUACUGAAGAUACCAGAAUGA